GUAUGGUGGCACCAACUUCAAGUAAAGCGGUGGGUUACAGUGCGUGAGAGAGAGAGAGAGAGAGAGAGAGAUAGAGGGGUGAGUAAUGAGCGACCUCUCCUCCAUUGAAGCUCCAACUGAAAAACACUACCACCAUUACAGCGCCUGCAACCCCAUUCCUUCUCCCGCUCUUUACAUUCUCAUUCCCCUUUUUAUUUUGGGCUUUUCCGUUUCCAUUUUCGUCCUUGUUGUCGUUCACAACGCCUUCUUCUUCAUUUCUCUUCUCUUUCUAUCCAUCUUCCUCUCUACUUUUGCCCUCUGGAAUAGCCUCAACUUCUCCUCCAAAACCGCCAUUCUCUCAUUUCUUCACUCCCUUCCUGACUCCGACCUCACAAUUGCUCGAGAAGGUCAACUCGUUAAGAUUUCAGGGUUUGCUUCGUGCGGAACGGUGUCUCUGGAAUCAUCCUAUGAAAAAGCUGCUGGAUGUGUUUAUGCAUCAACCUCUUUAUAUGAAUAUAGAGGAAUGCCUCUGAUUUUUCAAAAGAUAACUCAACCUUACUGUGGUUGGAGGUUAGUAUAUAGUGAGAGGUUUUCCACUGACUUCUACAUAACUGAUAGAAAAACUGGUAUUAGAGCUAUGGUAAGGGCCGGCCCCGGUAGUAAACUAGUUCCUCUUAUUAUUGAGAGCAAGCUUGUUAAUACUACAAGACACCGGAAAAUUCUGUCUCCUUCCUUGAGAAAAUGGCUGAGAGAAAAAAACAUUUCUACUGAAGCCCGAAUGCUUCGACUUGAAGAAGGAUAUGUUCAAGAAGGCAGCUUUGUAUCUGUAUUGGGAAUGUUGCAUAGGAAUAACGGUCAAAUAACAAUAGUUCAACCUCCUGAUGUAAUCUCGACUGGAUGUGUAUGGCGGAAACUUCUUCUUCCCAUUUACAUUGAUGGAGUAGUUCUUGGGGUUUCACAAACUACUGGCCCUUCACUCGGUCCAGGAUCGUUAUGUCACCAAGAACAGUUUGCUGACAUAUGAAGCUUAAAUAGUAUUUCGUAGAUGGAAAUUUUUUAGAUGAAGGCCAAGUCCAUUAGCAUCCCUAACCUUUUGCUUAUCAUGAGUAACUUUAAUCGUCUUUUAGUUCAUCUAUCUCUGUCCCUUCAGUUUCCGGAGUUACAUUUGCGCAUGUCCAUAGGUUUCUGUUAACUUCAAAUUCUACUUGAAUGUACAUUGAUUAAUUUUAUGGAAAUCAACCAUCGGCGCUUUAACCAGCCAAA